CGGGUCCGCGCCCCGCCCCUCCCCCGGCCGGUGGCAGCGGCGGUGUUGUGGUGGGGGCGGCCGGCUGCCGCGGAGCUUGUCGAGUCCUCGCGCCCAGCUGGCGCGCCGGCUGUGGCGGUCCGGACCGAGCACCGUGCCACAGGAUUAAUUUAUUUUUGGAAACUAAGUGCAAUAUUAAAAAGAAAAUAAAUCACAGUACAUUAUUGGAAGCCAUUUCUACUGAUUUUAUUACAUUUUAAAAUUUAUGAUUUGAUUUGAAUACUAUCAUGGGAGGAGCUGUGAGUGCUGGGGAAGAUAAUGACGACUUAAUUGAUAAUCUUAAAGAAGCUCAGUAUAUCCGCACUGAAAGAGUGGAGCAAGCUUUCAGAGCGAUUGAUCGAGGCGAUUACUAUUUGGAAGGCUACAGAGACAAUGCUUACAAAGACUUAGCCUGGAAGCAUGGAAACAUACACUUAUCAGCACCUUGCAUUUAUUCUGAAGUUAUGGAAGCACUGAAACUUCAACCAGGAUUAUCUUUUCUUAACCUGGGAAGUGGAACCGGAUAUUUAAGUACAAUGGUGGGCUUAAUUUUAGGUCCUUUUGGAAUAAAUCAUGGAAUUGAACUUCAUUCAGAUGUGGUGGAAUAUGCCAAGGAAAAGCUGGAGAGUUUCAUCAAAAAUAGUGAUAGCUUUGAUAAAUUUGAGUUCUGUGAACCUGCAUUUGUGGUUGGUAAUUGUCUCCAAAUAGCAUCUGACAGUCAUCAGUAUGAUCGAAUUUAUUGUGGAGCUGGGGUCCAGAAAGACCAUGAAAACUACAUGAAAAUAUUACUGAAAGUUGGAGGCAUACUGGUUAUGCCUAUAGAGGAUCAGUUAACACAGAUUAUGCGAACUGGACAGAACACUUGGGAAAGUAAAAAUAUCCUUGCUGUUUCAUUUGCUCCACUUGUGCAGCCAAGUAAGAAUGACAAUGGCAAGCCAGAUUCUGUCGGACUCCCCCCCUGUGCUGUCAGGAAUCUGCAGGACUUGGCUCGUAUUUACAUUCGACGCACACUUAGAAAUUUCAUCAAUGACGAGAUGCAGGCCAAGGGGAUUCCUCAAAGGGCUCCACCCAAGAGGAAAAGGAAGAGAGUUAAGCAGAGGAUUAACACUUAUGUGUUUGUAGGUAACCAGCUCAUUCCUCAGCCUCUAGAUAGUGAGGAGGAUGAGAAAAUGGAAGAAGAUAACAAAGAAGAGGAAGAGAAAGAUCACAGUGAAGCCAUGAAGCCGGAGGAGCCACCUCAAAAUUUACUGAGAGAAAAAAUCAUGAAGCUACCCCUCCCUGAAUCUUUAAAAGCUUACUUGACAUAUUUUAGAGACAAAUAAAUCAAGAAAAAAACCGCCUACUGAUAAUCCUUUAGUCUUGAAAAUGUAGCAUUUAUUAGGAGUCAAAAGAGAGAAUUAUUUCUUUGAUCAGAGUGAAUUAUAGUGGGAAAAAUGUAUAACUUGUCAGUAACAAAAACAUUGUAUUCAUUGAUUUAAAAGAUUCUAUCUCUUUUAUAAAAUCUAUUUUUCUUUAAAUCUUGAAAAAAUGCUGUUUUAACUCAGUGAUUUCAAAGUGGAAUGCAACCAUAGUCAAGACUUUGUGUACUAUAAAUCUUUUUCUGAUUCCUUACAGUUUUGUAGUGGUGAGGGUUAGAGUUAAUUUUCUAUAAGGUUUAAAUAAUUGUUAAGCAUAUGUAAUCUGAUUUGAAUUGCAGUUCUUGGUGGUUCCUGUAUGAAAACUGUCUUCUCUACUAAAGAAAUCAGAUGCUUUGUAGACCUAUUUCCACUUUCAUUGCAAUCAGUCUUGCUGAAUUGCUGUAGAUAUAUUCCGGGCAAUAUAUGAGUGCAAUAAUAAUACAAGAUAUUGAAUAAUUUAGCUUUAAAAACAAAGUUAAUGAACUGUUACAGCUCUGCAACUUUUGCUUUUGAAUCUGUUGCCAAAAGACACGGGGAAAAUACUUGCUUCUCUUAUAGAGAUUUAAAGAGCACAGCAAGUGAAGUAGAAAGUCUGUACCUAAUACAGCUCUUAAUUUGUAUGGACCUUUUACAUUUUCAGUAUUUAAAAAUAAUGAGGCUAUUUUAAUUCUUUAGGGUUUUUUUUUCCUGUAAUUCACUGUAGUUUAAAAACAAUUAAUUGUCCUGUCUGACUGAUAGUGUAGAAUGUAUAAAGGAAUGAGCACAAGUGACCACCACUUUCUUGGGAUCUCCAACUAGCCGGCCAGAGCAUAUGUGGUCAGCUGAUGCACUUUAGCUCAUGAGAUUUAUAGUUUAUCAGAAUAUUUAUAUUUGACAAAGUAGGACUGAGCUUGCCUACAUUUGCUUCGGAUCUUUCUAAGAAAUAGUCACAGAAAUUGUGUCUAGAUGCCUUUGUGUUUAAAAAAAAUCAGGUUCAGAAUUAUCAUGUAGUCUUUGGGACUUAUGCCACGUUCAUUUCACUGCUUCAUGUUUUUCUAUUUCUUUGCUAAAAUCAUAAUGGUUCUCAUUUAUUGCUUUAUGUUAUAUACUUAAAUUACAUAGCUCAUCAGUGAUAAAACAGCUAGUAGGUGUCGUCGUAAGGUUUUUUUCCUAGUAAGACCUGAAAAGUCAUUCCUUGUUAAAAAGCAUACAGUGUAAUGUGUUUUUACUUAGACCCUAUUUCCCAUUUUAAAGGGAAAAAUUUGGAACUGUCAUCAUCCACCAGCAUCACUGUCACAGUAGUUGUUCAGAUAUGAUCAAGGAAACUCAGUCACUGUGAGGGAAAGUUAUCUUUUUCAGACUCAGUGUUUCCAAGCCUCAGCUCCAGGAGUCGGUGCAUCUCAAACAGUUGUUUGAAAUAGUUAAACAUGAAAUUGCCCCAGCUAAUUGAGCAUAUUUAUUGGUGUGAAAGCUAAUUUCAUGGGAAGGUGUUUGUCUUAUAUUGAUGAGGCAGUGGUGGUAUGGGAAUAGUAAACUAUUAUCAUUAAGAAAUGCUCCAUCUCAUCUAUGUAAGAAAGAAUAAAAUUAGUUUCGUACUUUCGUCAUUUGCUAGAAAUGUUGAUUUUGAAGCAUCCAUUUCAGAAGUAUAAUUUUGAAUUCUGGUGCCCAUGUUUUUUGUCUAGAAAAUCUGGGAAGAAUUUUCAUCUUAUUUGCCCUCAUCUGCAUUUUUUUGUUGGAGCUAGUGUUCAGAGACGUAAAAAUACGUACUUUUCAAUAAUGGUUUUACUAUUUAGGUGAGUUUUUGUUAAGGAUCUGUUUCAAGAUUGACAUUUUCAUGUUGUCUUGCAUUCUGAACUUGGGAAAGUGUACAGUAGAUUUUCAUGACCAUUGCAUAUUUUUUUCGUCAUUGAAGUGUAUCUUCUGUGUUUCCAAAUGCACUUAUUUUACAGGUGUGACUUUAUCAGUGACUUUAAAUAAAGAGGUAGAAUUAAAAAUUCAAGUGAAGGCUUUUUCUAUUAAUGCAGAUAUAUUGGACUAAGACUAUCUUGGAUUUUACUUUUUAAAGAAUUUGGGUUUACUUGUAUGGAAAAUUGUGCUCUGGAUAUAGUAAAGAAAUGGAAAAUAAAGAUGUAAUAAAAGUAAGUGAUGGGGGAUAUCAUUGCUGAGUGUUAUAGACACACAAGACAUGAGAUAUCUAAUUUAGGCCUUUAUUGUGCAGACAAGAAAGUAGUCCUCAAGCGGUGUCUUGUUUUACCUGAGUCACACAGCUUGUUGAAGGCAGUGCCUAAAGUAGCAUCUAGUGUCAGAUCAAUCCCAGAGUCUGUCAGCAGCAUCAUAGCUACCAAGAAGGUAAUUGGAAUCUAUAUGGCCUAUUGGUUGACAUAUUUAGCUCUGAUAUUGGUAAAGAAAAAUGUUAGUAAUGUAGCAUACAUAGAAGUUAAAAUACCAAAAAUGUGUUGAAGUCUGUCUGUUUGAAAUGGAAGUGAAGGAAAGCCUGUUGAAUCAUUGGAAGACUUGGAAGAGUAUUUAAAAUAAACAAUCACACACUGAAGCAGCA